AUGGCAUUCAGGGUCCCGGAGCUAGGCUGACAGAUGCUCUUCCAGAAGGUUAAUGAGAUAAAGGUUCCUCCAGCUGACCCUUAAGCAGAGAUUACACCCAAGGGGAAGAUAAGGAGAUUAUUCCAGAAGCAGGCACUGCCUCAUGUUCUUCAUAAAUUAGCACCCUCAGAAAGGUAAACCAAGAAGGUCACCCUCACUCAGCUGACGUCAAUAGUUAAUUAUUUUUCAUAUUGCUGUCAUUUUAUUUUUUUAAAUGAGAUUUCGGGCUGUUCUGUAAUUGUUACCAGAAGUACCAAUGCACAAAAGCCAGAAUGUAUUUGGAAACUAGAAGGGCUGUUUUUGUUCUUUGGAUUUUUCUCCAAGUUCAAGGAAUCAAAGAUGUCUCCAUUAAAAUAUACGGCUCUGAGACUAAAGACAUAGACAAUGCCCCAAGAAGUGAAACAACCGAAAGUACUGCAAAAAUGUACAAAGUGUCAACCAUGAGACGAGUAUUCAAUUUGGCAAAGCAUCGAACAAAAAGAUCAGUCUUUUUCCCAACUGGGGUUAAAGUCUGUCCGCAGGAAUCCAUGAAACAGAUUUUAGCCAGUCUUCAAGCUUAUUAUAGAUUGAGAGUGUGCCAAGAAGCUGUGUGGGAAGCAUAUCGAAUCUUUCUGGAUCGCAUCCCUGAUGCAGGGGAAUACCAGGACUGGGUGAGCUUCUGCCAGCAGGAAACCUUCUGCCUCUUUGACAUUGGGAAAAAUUUCAGCAACUCCCAGGAACACCUGGAUCUUCUUCAGCAAAGAAUAAAACAGAGAAACUUCACUGAGAGUAGAAAGAGUGAAAUACCCACAAAGGAGACAUUAGGAGAGCCUGGUGAAACACCUGUGCUUUUAACAGACAUUACCACUGUCUCACUUGAGCCCCUCCCUCUACCUCUGGAUGACACGCUCCUCAACGAAAUCCUCAAUAAUACCCUCCCAGACACCAGGAUGCCUACAAGAGAAAGAGAAGAAUUCACAGAUGCUGCUGAGGACACACUGGAGCAGAAAGUGGAGCUAAGCAUCUCCCUGGCAAACCAGAGGUUCAAGACUGAGCUCACAGACUCCCACUCUCCAUAUUACCAAGAGCUCUCGGCCAAGUCUCAGCUUCAGAUGCAAAAGGUAUUUAAGAAACUUCCAGGAUUCAAAGAAAUCCAUGUGUCAGGAUUCAGACCAAAGAAAGAAAAAGAUGGCUCACGCUCUACAGAGAUGCAACUUACAGCCAUCUUUAAGAGAGACAAGGCAGAAACAAAACAUCCUGCAGGUGACCUCCUGUCUUUUGAUUCCAACAAAAUUGAAAGUGAAGGAGACCUUCGUGGAACAAUGGAGGAGGGCAGGCAAACAGAAAUCUACCCCACGGCUUUAGACCUCAGAAAGCUGAUCAGCAGAGCACUUGAGGAAGACCAGUCCUUGGAUUUGGGGACUAUUCAGUUCACUGAUGAAAUUGUUGAGUCACUGGCAGGCCUCGAUCCUGACACCCAGUCAGUGCUGCCCACACUCCUUGCUGACAUCACAAAGGAUGCUACUCUGAGUCCAGAACGUCCCCUUGGUCAACCUUGGCUGGAGACAGUGGACAGAGCAGGAUACAUUUUAUCUGAAGGAAUUGGUCCAGGAGCUUCCUCCACAGACGGUUCUUGGUCUCCAUCUGCUGGGGCCUCCACCUCCCCGUCAGAAACUCUGCCUUCCUUUACUACACUGAGCAUCUUCUCUCCGCCUGAUCAGAGUGCCACAGACAUAAUGUCCAUUGAUGAGACAGUACUAAUCCCACGACUAAGCAUCCCCACUGAUGAUUAUUCUGCCAUCAGCCACUUGGCUCCGGAAAUUUCCCAUUUGCCUGCAUCUUCAGACAGCUGGUUAAGUACCAGCAGCCAAGGUCCAGUCAGAGACUUAGAUGAAAUAGCUCUCGCUAGCUCUCCCACCUCCCUGGAGGUCCCAGGAUUCAGUGGAUAUGUUUCCACGCCGGAUCAUUUCCUGGAAGACACCACCUCUGACCCCAAUGCACAGUACAUCACCACCAGCUCCGUGACCAUGGCCACCAGGGGCCGAGAGCUUGUCGUGUUCUUCAGUCUGCGUGUGGCCAACAUGCCCUUCUCCACUGACCUCUUCAACAAGAGCUCACUCGAGUAUCAGGCUCUAGAGCAACGAUUCACACAGCUGCUGGUUCCAUACCUGCGGUCCAACCUGACGGGUUUUAAGCAACUUGAAAUCCUAAACUUCAGAAAUGGGAGCGUAAUCGUAAAUAGCAAGAUGAGGUUUGCUAAGUCGGUGCCGUAUAACCUCACCAAGGCUGUGCGAGGCGUCUUGGAGGAUUUCCGUUCCGCAGCAGCUCAACAACUUGACCUGGAAAUAGACAGCAACUCUCUCGACAUUGAACCAGCUGAUGGAGCAGAUCCCUGCAAAUUCCUGGCCUGUGGCGAGUUUGCCCAGUGUGUGAGGAAUGAGUGGACCCAGGAGGCAGAGUGUCGCUGCCAAGCAGGGUAUCCAGGACCCUGUGCCCCAGGAGAGCACUGUGAGGACAUCCCAGGACAGGGAGCACCAUGCAGGUCACCAGAUCAAUCUAAAAAUGAAGUGCAUGAAACUAGUGUUAAAAAGUUCUAUCAUCAGCAAAAUAACAAGGAAACCAGGAAAAGAGGUUCUGAAUUACUGACUGUUGGAUAUGAAGCAUUUAACCAGCAGGAUUGGGAAGGAAAUUAAAAAUGAUCAUUUUAACCUAUCUCAACAGAGAUGGCUCUCAAGGAAAAUCGUAUCCACUCCAUACAAAUUCUUUUAUUUAUUUAUUUCUUGCUUUUCAGGGCCAUACCCUUUC